GGGGAGUCUAGGAACCGGGAGGGGAGGGGGUAUGGGUGAAUGAGCGGGCGGAGGAGGAAGUGUCAUGGCGUCGGGCCGUGGAACUUCUUCUCGCUGGUUCUUUACUCGAGAACAGCUGGACAAUACACCGAGUCGCCGCUGUGGUGUGGAGGCGGAUAAAGAGCUUUCGUACCGGCAGCAGUCCGCUAACCUCAUCCAGGACAUGGGGCAGCGUCUCAAUGUCUCUCAGCUCACAAUAAACACUGCUAUUGUUUAUAUGCACAGGUUUUAUAUGCACCAUUCUUUCACCAAAUUCAGUAGAAAUAUAAUAUCACCUACUGCAUUAUUUUUGGCUGCAAAAGUAGAAGAACAGGCUCGAAAACUUGAACAUGUUAUCAAAGUAGCACAUGCUUGCCUUCAUCCCCUAGAGCCACUGCUGGAUACAAAAUGUGAUGCUUACCUUCAGCAGACUCAAGAACUGGUUUUACUUGAAACCAUAAUGCUACAAACACUAGGUUUUGAGAUCACCAUUGAACACCCACACACAGAUGUGGUGAAGUGCACACAGUUAGUAAGAGCAAGCAAGGAUUUGGCACAGACAUCCUAUUUCAUGGCUACCAACAGUCUGCAUCUUACAACCUUCUGUCUUCAGUACAAACCAACAGUGAUAGCUUGUGUGUGCAUUCAUUUGGCUUGCAAGUGGUCCAAUUGGGAGAUUCCUGUGUCAACUGAUGGAAAGCAUUGGUGGGAAUAUGUAGAUCCCACAGUUACUCUAGAAUUACUAGAUGAGCUAACACAUGAGUUUCUACAAAUAUUGGAGAAAACGCCUAGUAGGUUGAAGAGGAUUCGAAACUGGAGGGCUGAUCAGCCGGUUAAGAAACCCAAAGUAGACGGACAAGUAACAAAGACACCACUUCUUGGUUCAUCUUUGGUCCCGAAUUCCAUUUUAGUAGAUAGUGUUACUGGUGUACCUACAAACCCAAGUUUUCAGAAACCAUCUACUUCUGCAUUCCCUGCACCAGUACCUCUAAAUUCAGGAAAUAUUUCUGUUCAGGACAGCCAUACAUCUGAUAAUUUGUCAAUGCUAGCCACAGGAAUGCCCAGUACCUCAUAUGGUUUGUCAUCACACCAAGAAUGGCCUCAGCAUCAAGAAUCAACAAGGACAGAACCAAUAUAUUCACACAAACAGGAGGCGUCUUUGUCUGGCAGCCAGUACAACAUCAACUUCCAACAGGGACCUUCUAUAUCACUGCAUUCAGGAUUACAUCACAGACCUGACAAAAUUUCUGAUCAUUCUUCUAUUAAGCAAGAAUAUACUCAUAAAGCAGGGAGCAGUAAACACCAUGGGCCAAUUUCUGCUACUCCUGGAGUUAUUCCUCAGAAAAUGUCUUUAGAUAAAUACAGAGAAAAACGUAAGCUAGAAACUCUUGAUGUCGAUGUAAGGGAUCAUUAUAUAGCUGCCCAGGUAGAACAGCAACACAAACACAUGCAGUCACAGGCAACAAGCAGCAGUUCUGUAACUUCUCCCAUUAAAAUGAAAAUUCCCAUCACAAAUACUGAAAAACCUGAAAAGUACAUGUCAGAAAAAAAGGAAAAGAGUGGAUCACUGAAAUUACGAAUUCCAUUACCACCCGCUGAUAAAGGCACCAGCAAAGAAGAACUGAAGAUGAAGAUAAAAGUCUCAUCUUCAGAAAGACACAGCUCUUCUGAUGAAGGCAGUGGGAAGAGCAAGCAUUCGAGCCCACAUAUUAGCAGAGACCAUAAGGAAAAGCACAAGGAGCACCCUGCAAACCGCCACCACACCAGCGGUCACAAGCAUCCCCACUUGCACAGUGGUAGUGGCACCAGUGGCAGUAAACAUAAUGCUGAUGGAAUACCACCCACUGUUUUGAGGAGUCCAGUUGGCCUGAGCAGUGAUGGCAUUUCCUCUAGUUCCAGUUCUUCAAGGAAGAAGCUGCAUAUCAAUGAUGCCUCUCAUAACCAUCACUCCAAAAUGAGCAAAAGUUCCAAAAGUUCAGGUAGUUCAUCUAGUUCUUCCUCCUCUGUUAAGCAGUAUAUAUCCUCUCACAACUCUGUUUUUAACCAUCCCUUACCCCCUCCUCCCCCUGUCACAUACCAGGUGGGCUACGGACAUCUCAGCACCCUCGUGAAACUGGACAAGAAGCCAGUGGAGACCAACGGACCUGAUGCCAAUCACGAGUACAGUACAAACAGCCAGCAUAUGGACUACAAAGACACAUUCGACAUGCUGGACUCGCUGUUAAGUGCCCAAGGAAUGAAUAUGUAAUCAUUUGUUUAGGUCAAUUUUUCCUUUACUUUUUUAAUUUAAAAUUUGUUAGGAUGGAAAACUUUCUCCUGAUCUAGCAGUGGUAACACUUGCUGUUUCUGCCACUGCUUCAAUAUUUGUAAGUGCUGCUUUGUUCUUCAUUCUGAAAAGAAGAGAUUAUAGUAAACGAGUCUUUAUCUCCACGUAUGAUAGUGUUAUAAAUACUGUAAAAGCAUGGAAGGUGCAAAACUUAUUUCUACAAUUGCAGCUAAGAACAUUAGGGUGAAUGGCUGGCUGCUUCUAGGAAUAUAAAAUGCCUCAAGCAUUAUUUAUAAUUUUGAAUACUGUAGUAAUUUUUUGUUGUUGCUUGGCUUUUGAAUGAGUGAAAAUUGUUUUCUUUUGUGUAUUUAUACUUGUAUGUAUGAUUUGCAUGUUUCAAUGAUAAAGGGAUAAAACAGUAUACUGACAACUGUUUACAAGAAAGUGGAGGAAAAUG